AUGUGUCCUUUUGAAAGGGCAUGGAGCUAUAGUGAUGAUUUGCUUUCAUCUGUUACUGAGCGAGAUAUAGAGAUGCUCAAAGUCUUGGCCCCGUUAUCUCCCAGAUCCCUGAACAAGCUGAGAGAUUACCUGAACUUGCUCAAGUUUCCUGUUGAGGAACGCACCUUCGCAGCUCCUACCGAGGUUCUACCCUUAGAUUCCAGAGCAUCUUCUCGCACUAACUCGAUGUCGACAGCUCCAGCAAGAUCCAGUAACUUGUCCGACGAGGAUGCAAUGGACAGGCUCAAGAAUAGGAAGAGAUCAGCUGCUUCUUCUGGGCAGUCUCAGAUUGAAAGAGUUCCUCGCAAGAACCUACGCUCAUCCUCCAUCCCAACCACCAUUGACAUCACGACUGAUUCUCCUAGGGAUGAGGUCCUUGUGAGCUUUCCUGCUGACUUUCUAGCUGAAGAAGGUCUAGAAGGUGGGAUCUGGCCUGCAGCUGACAAGCUCGUAUUCCCAGCUGCACAAAAGAGGUUAAAGGGACAGGACCCUGAGGUCAUCCUGAACCAUGCUGUCCAGCUAUCCCUACAGCUUUCCCAGAGUUGCAUAGCUGCCAGGGACAGCUUGCGGACUGUUGCUAUCCUAGGAUAA